UGAAGAUGUCAAUAUUGAUGAUCAUACUGAACUGUUAAAUCAAGUUGAGAGGGACGAAGAUGACCAUAUUGAUCUUGGAAUGUCGAUUCAAGUGCAAAUUUUGAAUAGUACCCGACAAGAGUUGGAAAAGAGGCAAUACAUUGGUGUUGUUGUCUUGCUAUGUUAUGUGGUACAUGCAUUGCAUUUGUUUCAAAUGGUGACCACUUCUUUUCAUCGACGAGUCCAAGAUGUGGAUCUACAAAGAGAGCGUAGGCGUCGUGAGUUAAUGGGUUACCUAACACAUACAGAGAAGUGUCGCGACAUUAUACGCAUGGGGCCUGAAGCAUUCCUUCGAUUGUGCCAGAAAAUAAGAGGCACAGGUUUAGUAAAGGAUAAUAUAUGGUCCACUGUAGAGGAGCAAGUGGCGAAAUUUUUACACAUUAUAGGACAUAAUGUUAAAAAUCGUGUGGUUUCGUUCUUCUUCCAUCGUUCCGGAGAGACAGUUAGCCGUCAUUUUCAUAAUGUGUUGCAUUCCCUAAUCUCAUUACAAGAAGAAUUUUGUAUCCAACCAUCAGGUGCGGAUGUCUCGGCACAAAUACUUCACAAUGACAGAUUCUAUCCAUUUUUAAAGGAUUGCAUUGGAGCUAUAGAUGGGACACAUGUUCGGGUCAAGGUUCCAAGGGCAGAAGCCCCUCGCUUUCGUUGAAGAAAGGAUUGCCCCACGCAAAAUGUCUUCGCUGCAUGUGAUUUCGACAUGAAAUUCACAUACGUUCUAGCAGGGUGGGAAGGAACAGCUUCAGACUCUAGAAUUUUAAAGGAUGCCUUGAGUAGGGAAGACCCUUUAAUAAUACCAGAAGGAAAAUUUUAUCUUGGGGAUGCGCGAUUUAUGCUUAAACCUGGGAUACUUACACCAUAUAGAGGUGUUCGUUAUCACUUGAAGGAGUAUUCAACUCGAGGCCCCCAAAAUCCUAGAGAGUUGUUCAACCUACGCCACUCUUCACUCAGAAAUGUCAUAGAGAGAACUUUUGGUGUAUUAAAAAAAAGAUUUCCCAUCAUAUUCAGCGGAACAGAACCACAUUAUUCGUUUGAAGUAAUGAGGAACAUAGUAGUUGCUUGCAAUAUACUGCAUAAUUUUUUAAUGGGUGUGGACAUUGAUGAAGCCUUAAUGGCUGAAGUUGACCGUGAAUUGCUUCAACGUGACAUAGAUAGAUCCCAGGCUCAACGUGAUGAGGAGUACAGACAAGGCCAACUUCUAAGGGAUAAUAUUGCAAAUGAAAUGUGGAAUGUUUAUCAAGUUUAGUGUUGUUGUCUCAUGGUUCCUAGGUCUUCAUCUUGUAAUUUAUACUUGGAUUAUGUGCAUGUAAACUUUGAUGUUGUUAUUCAUGUUUUCCAUAUGUCAUUAGUGUUGGGUUAUUCUUUCUA